ACAUGUGCGUAUGUAUACACAUGUACAAGUAUAAAACUUUGUAGAAAGCAAAAACAAAGAAAAAAAGCGGAAAAACCAAUUUGCAUGAAAAAAAUAAAUAACUAAAACAAAAGAAAAACACCAAGAAGUGCUUUCUUUAACAGAGAAAGCUCUCCAAGAACCUUAAAACAGUUCUGUUGCUGAGUUUCCGACCAAAGCCAGUUUCUUCUUUAUCUGAUAGAGAGAAAGAAAGACUUAUGGAAGAAGAUUUACACCAGAUUGUUAAUAGUUGUAACUACAAUGGAGAAGAUGAAGAGCAAGGAGACCCAGAGAGCAACACACUGAACCAGCCUCUGGUUAAGGCUAACCGAACACUAUCUUCAACUCCACUUGCUUUGGUCGGUACAAAGGUUUCUCACAUCGAGAGCUUGGACUAUGAAAUAAACGAGAACGAUUUGUUUAAACAUGAUUGGAGAAAAAGAUCAAAGACACAAGUGCUUCAAUACAUAUUCUUGAAAUGGACAUUCGCUUGUCUUAUCGGUCUAUUCACUGGUCUUAUCGCCACUCUCAUCAACUUAGCCGUCGAAAACAUUGCUGGCUACAAGCUUUUGGCAGUUGGUCACUUCCUCGCCCAAGAAAGGUAUGUAACAGGUCUGAUGGUCUUUGCUGGGGGGAAUCUAGGGCUGACGUUGGUUGCGACUGUGCUUUGUGUAUGCUUUGCUCCCACGGCUGCUGGUCCUGGCAUUCCUGAGAUCAAAGCUUACCUUAAUGGCAUCGACACUCCAAACAUGUUUGGUGCUACCACUAUGAUCGUUAAGAUCAUUGGAAGCAUUGGAGCGGUUGCAGCUGGACUUGAUCUAGGCAAAGAAGGUCCUCUAGUUCACAUAGGAACCUGCAUAGCUUCAUUGCUUGGGCAAGGCGGACCAGACAACCACCGGUUAAAGUGGCGGUGGCUUCGUUACUUCAACAACGACAGAGACCGAAGGGAUUUAAUAACGUGUGGCUCGGCAGCUGGAGUGUGCGCAGCCUUCAGGUCACCUGUUGGAGGUGUGCUUUUCGCCCUUGAGGAAGUCGCCACUUGGUGGAGAAGCGCCUUGUUGUGGCGGACUUUCUUCAGCACAGCGGUUGUUGUGGUUGUACUAAGGGCGUUCAUAGAGAUAUGCAACUCAGGCAAGUGUGGAUUGUUUGGAAGAGGAGGGCUUAUCAUGUUUGAUGUCAGUCACGUUACUUAUACUUACCAUGCGACUGAUAUAAUCCCUGUCAUGUUGAUUGGUGUCAUUGGUGGAGUUCUUGGGAGUCUCUACAAUCACUUUCUCCAUAAAGUUCUCAGGCUUUACAAUCUCAUCAACCAGAAGGGUAAGAUCCAUAAGGUGCUUCUUGCUCUUACUGUAUCUCUCUUCACAUCGGUUUGUCUCUACGGUCUUCCUUUCUUGGCCAAAUGCACGCCUUGUGACCCCUCCAUAGAAGAGAGAUGCCCAACGAAUGGUAGAUCAGGGAACUUCAAACAGUUCCAUUGCCCAAAAGGUUACUACAGUGAUCUAGCUACUCUGCUUCUCACCACCAACGACGAUGCUGUCAGGAACAUCUUCUCUUCCAACACUCCUAAUGAGUUCAGCAUGGGCUCCCUUUGGAUAUUCUUUGUGCUCUACUGCAUCUUGGGGCUUUUCACAUUUGGUAUCGCAACGCCGUCUGGUCUCUUCCUCCCUAUCAUCCUCAUGGGUUCUGCGUAUGGAAGAAUGCUUGGUGGGUUGAUGGGAUCUUACACUAGCAUUGACCAAGGGCUUUACGCUGUCCUUGGCGCAGCUUCGCUCAUGGCUGGAUCCAUGAGAAUGACUGUGUCACUCUGUGUUAUAUUCCUUGAACUUACCAACAACCUUCUUUUGCUUCCCAUUACAAUGAUUGUGCUUCUUAUUGCCAAAACUGUGGGAGACAGCUUUAACCCAAGUAUCUAUGAUAUCAUACUGCAUCUUAAGGGGUUACCUUUCUUGGAAGCGAAUCCGGAGCCGUGGAUGAGGAACCUCUCCGUUGGUGAGCUUGGUGAUGCUAAGCCUCCGGUUGUAACACUGCAAGGUGUAGAAAAGGUUGCUAAGAUUGUUGAUGUGCUAAGGAACACGACGCAUAAUGCGUUCCCUGUUUUAGAUGAAGCAGAAGUACCUCCUCAAGUGGGUCUAGGGACUGGGGCUAUAGAGCUUCACGGGUUGAUCCUGAGAGCUCACCUAGUUAAAGUGCUGAAAAAGAGAUGGUUCUUGACGGAGAAGAGAAGAACGGAGGAGUGGGAGGUCAGGGAGAAGUUUCCAUGGGAUGAAUUGGCUGAGAGAGAAGACAACUUUGACGAUGUGGCCAUCACAAGCUCUGAAAUGCAAAUGUAUGUUGAUCUCCAUCCUCUCACCAACACAACACCUUACACAGUCAUGGAGAACAUGUCUGUGGCCAAGGCUUUGGUGCUGUUCCGGCAAGUGGGACUCCGACAUUUGCUUAUUGUUCCCAGGAUUCAAGCCUCAGGAAGGUCUCCUGUGGUAGGGAUCUUAACCAGGCAGGAUCUAAGGGCAUGCAACAUUCUACAAGCUUUUCCUCACUUGGAAAAAUCCAAAGGUAGAAAAGCACACUGAAUCGGUACUAAAUUUGUUUUACCUGUUGUCUGUAAAAAUGGCUUUGCAGCUAUGUUGUUUUCUUCCCAUUCUUGAAGAUGUUUCUGUCCAGUUUUGCACUUUUUUCUUCAUACCAAACAGACUUGUAUUGCACAGAUCUCUUUUAAUACUUGUAAAAUCACAGUGAGUGAAGAACCA